AUGGACACAAUAUCUGAUUUGAUAAAUACCUCGAAUCAAAAUUCAACAAAUCCUUCAAAUUUAACAACUCAAAGAACAACUGCAACAACAACUACUACCACGAAAUCAGGACCAUCAAAACAAGUGAUUCAAAAAUCGAUUUUGGCACCUGAUCAUGUUACAACUGCUCCUGAAUAUUGUCCAAAUACUGUCAGAAUAUUAAAGUGAGUAACAGAAGUUCUGAGAAAAUUGCUUGUAGAGUUUCUCUAAAAAUGUGAUUUCAGUAUAAUAGUUUCCAUACUGCUCACUUUAAUUGCUCUUUUUAUAUUCUUGGUUUUAUUUCCAUUCGUGACUGUUUAUAUGUAUCCACACGCUGUAUUUUCAUUGUUUCCAAAAGCAAGUGAGUUUGAGAGAUUUCGAAUCAAGCCAAGUUCAAUUUUUUCCAGAAUGGCAACCUUCAGCUUUCUAUGAAGCAAAUGAAACUUAUACUCGAAUUUUUACAAAUCGAAUAAAGUCACUUGGAACUGAAGUUGAGAUAAGCUACUUUACUCAGAAAAACAACACGAAAACAAUAAACUUCUAUCAACAGAAACAAGCACUUAUUGUUUUGGACAGUGAUGUUGUUCCAAAUUAUGAAGCAUAUUUUCUGUGUAGACCAACUCGUAAGUUCGAAUGAUGAGUUUUAAAAAAAAGUUGAUUUUCAGAAUCUUAUGAUUAUUAUUCGUUUCAAGAUUAUCAUAAUAUGGCGAAAACUUGUUAUAUGUAUGUUAGGCAAGUUACAACAAUUGCAACAAUUCAUGGAUUUGGAUACGGUAUUGGAGCAAAGUAAGAUUUUUUCACAGGGAUGAUGAACGGUUUCAGAAAGUGGGGAGAUUGUAAUUCAAGAGAGACGCAGAGAGUAAACAGGAAACUCUUCAAUAUUAAUUUUAUUUUGGAUAUCUCUCGAAGAUUUUGGGUUGAUUUCUCUGCCUCCCUCUCUCUCUCAAUUUUCCCGGUAAAAUAUCGUUAUAACUUUUUUUGUAGCGUAUUGGCAUACACUUCUCAGAACCUUCAAAAUACAUUUUGUUAUUCAUUUGGUAAUAUUUUCCUGCAAAAUCCAAUAACAAAUCUACUCGAUGAAAUGCGAAAUCAUCCAUUGCUAAAUAUCAUUUUCUUUCUUCCCCCAUUCCGAUCUUAUAUUAUUGAUUAUGUUAUUCGAGUUAAACAAAUGGAAAAUAUCGAAAUAUUUGAUAAUAUUCAAAAAAUUACAAAUGUCACAAUUACAAUGAUUCAAGAUGAAAAUGAUGAUGAAAUUGAAAAACUUUUCGAUGAUGUCAAUAUUUUAAAAAGCGAUCAACGAUUGAAAUUGUAAGUUUUUGUUUCAAAGCAAAUUUUAUUUUGUUUGUAAUCGUAUUGGUUUUUUCUAGGGGCAAGCAUCCUUCAAUAAAUCAAGGAAUGCCAAUAGCUGGUCGACAUCCUUAUGAAAAACAAUGUGCAAAUGACAAAAAUUUGACUCUAACUGAUAUUCUAUUUUAA